AUGCGUAGCUUGGUUCUGUCAAUAUUACCCGUAUUGGUAGCUGCGUAUGAUAAUGGGGCUUAUUGGGGAAGAUGUCUAAAACGGCCGCUGAGAAUUGGUGACAGCUUCAGGGCUCGUGGUCAUCUUGAACCUGGAGUUCUUACGUGGGUGUGCAGCUUGGAACAAUCCCUGCACAACAACAUCUUUGCCCGGGCGGCGCAGCGGAAUUGGUAUGACCUGAAGCAAAAACCGUACAUCGUCUACGUUCAACGGGCUAAAAUGGGGGCGUUUGGCGGUGAGCAUCGAUAUAACUUUAUGCCAUUCCCGGGCGGAGGUCCAUUUGAAAUAACGAUGACCAUCGUUGGGCCGCGUACAAUCCGCGUCGACUACGGUAAGGGAUCCACGUUUGCCGGCACCACCUGGACGCAGAAGGGAGUUGUCGUCGGGAUGGACGUAGCAAAAAGUUUUGAUUGUAUCGGCCAGAUCACAAACGUUACGCUCACUGGAGAUGCCUUGGUUGGAAAGAUGAUGAAAGAUUCGAACGAUGUCUGCCCACCUUAUUCAUAUUGGGCGACGCAUCCGGAUCCGAAGCCGCAUCCGCACGAACAUUCACAUUCGCAUGACUGGUCUGGCAGCAGUUCCGCUGAAUGGCCUGAUACCCACGCCGGCUACUCGGAACUGCUUGGAUAUGUGGCCAAGGAAGGCAAUGAUUGCGGCGCCAGCUAUGCCGUGUAUCGCUCACCCAGCGGUACAGAUCGUCAAAGAUAUGAUAAUGUCGGUACUGGCACUCCUUAUUUUUACGCAUGGAAUCGGAAUCCGCCCGUAUUUUGUGAGGACACAUACCGCGCGCCACGGUGUGCCAUGUACGACGAAUAUGUGCAGUGCCCAUCGCUUUUGGGGCUGCUC